AUGACGUCUGAUGCUUACCAAAACUGUGAGGAGUUAUACACGGAGUACAAAUAUGAGCUGAGGGAAAGAAUUGCUGUUCUUGAAGGAAAAGCGGAUGGCUGUAAACAAAAACAGUCUGGUCAGAGUGUCACUGCGAAAGAACAGAGUUUGAAGUUGCCCAAAAUAUCCAUACCUUCGUUCUCAGGAAACAAUGACAACGAUUUCCUGAAGAAGUUUUGGGAGUUGGAGUCAGAUCCAGUAGUUGCUGAUGCUAAACCUGCAUUCAGUGAAGAAGAAGAAAGAUGUGAACAGAUAUUCACAGCAACUACCAAAAGAGACAGAGCUGGGCGCUAUAUUGUUAGUUUACCAUUCAAAACCGAAGAUCCUCGUUGUAAAGAUGGCGAUACAAAGGCUAUAGCCCAAAAAAGAUUUCAUCAGCUUGAGAAGAGAUUCGCCAACGAUAGUAAUCUGAAACAACAGUACACGAAUGUUAUAAACGAAUACCUCGAAUUGGGACACAUGGAGAUCAUACCCGAAAAUCAGCGUAAUAAACCAGAAGUUGUUUACUUACCUCACCAUCCUGUAGUUCGGGAGGACAAAGAUACCACCAAACUCCGUAUUGUUUUCGAUGCUUCGUCGCGUGGGUCCAAUGGCGUGUCGUUGAACGACGACUUAUUGGUUGGUCCAACUCUUCAAAAUGAUCUACGUCAUAUCAUCAUGCGUUGGCGUGAUUAUCCUAUCUGCUUAGUAGCAGAUAUUGUCAAAAUGUAUCGGCAGAUACUUGUAGAUCACAAAGACGUCGACUUCCAACGCCUUCUGUGGCGUAAACAUCCCAAUGAAGAAAUUCAACAUCUAAGAUUAUUGCGGGUUACCUUCGGCACAGCUUCGGCACCAUACUUGGCAGUUCGAAGUCUACAUCAACUGGCAUAUGACGAUGGUAAAGAUUAUCCGUUGGCUACUGAAAGAGUUCUAAAGGAAUUCUACAUGGAUGAUCUAAUGACGGGUUGCAAAUCUGUAGAAGAAGGAAGACAAAUUUAUACAGAACUGACAGAAUUACUGAAGGGAGGAGGAUUAGAACUUCAAAAAUGGAGUAGUAAUAAUGAGGAAUUAUUAAAAGAAAUAAACAUGGAAGAUCAAACAAUCAAAGGGAAACUAAAACUAGAUACGGUGAUGAAAAUACUGGGACUUACCUGGAACCGACGAACCGACGAGUUUGAGUACGCAGUGCAGCUUCCACCCCUGAAGACACCUGUAACUAAAAGAAGAGUGUUAUCGGAUAUAUCACGGUUGUUUGAUCCUCUUGGAUGGUUAGCGCCAAUCCUGGACAGUGGUCACAUGUAUCGACGAAAGAUAAUCCUGCAGAUUGCGCGUCCCGUGGGUCAAAAGAUCUUGAAGGUGAAACACUAUGGAGAGAAGGUCCAUCCUGGCUGA